AUGAUGGCAACAGUGCUGAAAACGCUGAGCAUUUUCUUGAUGGCCGCAUCGUUGGCUCACGGGAAGGAAACGACCUACAUCACGGACGAUGUUUCCGUGUCGGAGCUGUUUUCUCUGCGUAUCGAACCGCGUAUGUUUAACUGGACGUACGAAGGACUGAGCGAGCAGUUUCUUUACCGAUCUGCUCUGGAAGGCUAUCCGGAUCUACCGUCGUGGGUACGCUACAUGUACAGCCCGGAAUACCAUUCCGGCUUCUUGUACGGAACACCUCCACUGCGGAAUGCUGACACGCGGGUACCGAUCGAAAUCAUCGCCCUGAAUCGAUUGACUUACGAAACAAAGCGGCUCGUGCUGAUACUGGCCGUGCAUCGGAAACAACCGGCGAAGCACAUCAUCCAGAUGAAAAUCGACAAUCUGAACUGGGUCCACAUGAUGGAUCCGGGGCGUAUCGAAAAUUUGAAAAACAUUUUCCGUAACGAUUUGUGGCCGGAAAGCCGUUCCGAUCUGCACGUUAUCUUUAUGGAUUCUGCCGUCAAGUUGGGUGCCCGUUUACCCUUGCGACCUCAGCAGCGGGAGGGUGUGGUGGUGCAUCUCGGAAGCAGUACCGAGUUCUCGCCAAGGAUGCUUGAGCUGCAGGAGGAAGUGAAACCGCUGUACAAAAUAUCUUCCUGCACGUAUAAACGAACAUCGGUGCAGACAACAUUUGAAAAUUCGGGAUUCAAGCUGGAUUGGUGUGCAUUUCGACUGGUCACAACGGAGGACGACAUAACCGCGUUACCACAUCAUCCGAACGAAAGCCACAAACAUGCCGGAGUUCGGAAGGAUCAUCAACAUGUGUCCCAUUUUCCCGACAAGUGGGAUGCCCCGCUGAAGUCGGAAGUACCAGAGCGCAACUACAGCGACGAGAUCGCCAUAUCGUUUGCCAUUCCAGGGAUGAUAUUCGCACUGCUACUUUGCGGUCUCACCAUCAUCCUCUGCUUUCAGCACGAAAAACUGCAUGACGACGAUUCAGAAUAUUAUUUCAAUUAUGUUUUCUACAUUUGCACUGACUUCCUUAGGAUGCAAAAAUCCUCUCGUACCGAAUACAGCCCCAUCGCACCAAACGUGCAGAUGGUCCAGUACUCACCGGAUGAUGACAUAAACUCCACGAUAAAGUUGAAAAGUUUGCGAGAUGCACCAUUCGACGAUGCACACUCGGUUAGUCCCACGGAAAGUUACUAUCGCGAUGGAGCGACCCACAUCGGCAACAUGUACAUGCGCCCGAAACCUCCACCAUACAAGUUGGCCGGUAAUGCCAACUCACCAACGCUGAAGCGCAACGGUCACUUUGAGAUAUGA